UCUAAUCGAAACAUCUUGAUUUCCUGCUUUUGGCUUCUCCCUCUUGCUUCCCUUCUUCUUCUCUUCACACAACCUUUCGCAUACCUUCGUGCCAUCAUGGCGCUCAUACAAACAAGCCUCAUCUGGGUGGCCUACGCCGUCGCCAUCAUCCUCCUGCUGGCAAUCGCUACCAUAUUCGUCUUUCUCUACCAAACCCCGAGAGAUCGCGCUGCGUCCAUAACGACAGUAUGCAUAUUCACCACAAGCGUGCUCCUUGCGACUGUGCUUCUCAUGCCCGUCGACAUCGCUCUUGUCUCCUCUACCUCGCUUUCUAGCCAGGGCCGCAAGAAGGACUGGGCGACUCCGGAUGCUGUCGGCAGUAUCGUGAAAACACUGGAGAUUGUGUACUACACGCUGUACUCGCUAGAUGCCUUGCUCUGCCUGCUUGUGAUUCCUUUCACCUACUUCUUGUACGAAGAAUACGACGAAGACGCGGCCGAAACUGGCGAACAAACUUUCGGCCAGCGCGUAUGGGGCGCGUUCAAGUACACCAUUGCUUUCAUCUUGUUUGUCGUUUUGCUGUUCCUCGUUGGCUUUUUCGUUCCCUUUGCAAAGAAAGCCAAGGGUGACGACCGCCUCGACUUGGAGUUUUUCAAGCAUCUUCUUUCUGAGAAUCGCGGCGAGCGCGCGCUGUCCUUUGCACUUGGACUGCUCAUGCUGAUUGGCACUCUCCUUUACGUUCUCUAUACAGGUGCUGGUCUCGCUCUUCUCCCAGUUGCUAUGAUCAAGUCCGCUCCUUCCAUCUCUGCACCUACCCUGGCGGCAAACACAGCUUCGCAACUCGAAACAAACCGCGAACGUCAGAGGCAGCUUGAAGGCCGCAAUGAAGGUCGUGACAAUGGUCUGGAUUCCAGAGAUAGGCGUGAAUUGGAAGCUCUCAUCCGGGAAGAAAGGACCCUAAUCCGAAGAGAACGCCUCGCUGCUGAAUCUAGUGGCGAAGACCGCCAUUGGCUUGUCAAGACAUGGAUCAAGAUUGAAGCUGUUUUCCGACCCCUCAAGCUUCUAGGCGGCCUCAUUCUCUUGAUACUCGCUCUCCUCGUCUUUGUCAGUAUGCUCAUCACUGGGAUUGACAAGGCCAAGAACUCCAUCUGCGGCGCCCACUGCGGUUAUAUUCUAGGCCACAUCAACAUCUUCCAGCCCAUCAACUGGAUCUUUGUAAAGUCCUCCAAGGUCUUCCCCAUCGAUUACGUUCUGUUUCUUCUACUAGUUCUCUUCUUUUUCAGCGCUUCCGUUGUGGGCAUCGCAACCGUCGGUAUCCGUUUCCUGUGGCUCACCAUUUUCAAGAUCCGUAAAGGCCACACCUCACCUCAAGCCCUCCUCAUGGCCACCGUCAUGCUGAACCUUAUUGUUCUCGCCAUCAAUUACUCUAUCGCUAUGAUCGUUGCGCCGCAAUAUGCAACUUUUGGCCCACAAACCUUCUGCGAUCGCACCCCACGCCAUCCAGGCGAACAACCGGAUUGCUCGCACGACAAGUCCCGAAUCAUCCCAUGCACGGAGCUCUCGUCAAACCCUGCGGCCAAGGAAGUCUGCACCCCUUCGGUCAUUAGCACCUUCAUCAACCGCGUCACCAUCAACUUCCCCUUUUUUGGCGUUGUCCUCUUCUGGGCGCAGUUCGCUUUCCUCGGUAUCUACCUCAUCGUCUUCGUUACCACGCUCUUCAAGACGCCUACCCUGGAUCAAGAACAAAUCGACCGCGACCUCGAGGAAGAGGAGGAGGAGGGCCUACUGGCUAGCACCGGCCGCAGGUUCAAUGCUACCUGGCAGGAUAUCACGGGCAGAGGGCGUCGCGAUUACGGCACCUCGGAGUCGAAUUGAAGCUGCGAGUAAGGAGGUUGGAUUGUUCUGAGUGGCGUGCGGAGUAGUAUUGGAGACUCCGGGAUUCGCAUGGGGUAUAUAUGAUUCCCCUUUGGGUAUGAAGUUGAUUAGCGUACACCACAGUUUCUUAUUGGCGUUUCUGAGAAUUCGAUAGUCUAGUCUAGUCUAGUCUAUUGCUACAUCUCCUAUAUCCCACACUUUUGUGUACUCUGUAUCGCUUUCCCUUCCUCCUUUUUCGACUAGGCGGUUAGGCGGGGUUUAGGUACUGGGUCUGUAUACACAACCUUUUCUUUGGUUUUUAAAUGAGUACCUUAGCUAUCCGUCAUGGUAAUGUCUAUGAAUAAAACAGUUGAAUGCCAUCCUAUCUCCAUCUCCAGCGUGUUAUUGACUGUCUUAUAUCCACGGUUUCCACAUUCACAAGACGAAGAAGCAAUAUGAAGAAGGAAGUGUUUUCUUUUGUGCAUGUUUUGAAUUGUUUUCAGAAUUUGGGAAUUAGCCCCCUUGUC